UUUUCAAUUGUUCAUUGUUACUUGUUAGUUUACAAUAUUUAUUAAAAUUAAAGACAUUUUAUAAAAAUGAGUGACACUACAGGUAAGAAUAAUUUAUAUUUUCGAAGUUAAUAAUGUUUGUUUAUUAUAUACUAUUAUAAAUUAAAUAGAGUCAUCCAGACCAAAACGAUUAAAACCUGGACAAUCCAGUCGGUUUGAAGCUCUAGCAAAAUUAAAAAAACUUAAAUCUGAUGGAACUAAGCAUAAGUAUGAAGUAGAGCCCUUGCAAAAUGUUUAUGAAGAAGUUUCAGAACAAGAAUAUACUAAUAGAGUUGUAAAGAGGCAACAAGAUAACUGGAUCGUUGAUGAUUGUAAAACAUAUAAAUUAAUAUUCAAACAAAAUAUAUACCUAUAUAAUUUAAAAUUAUUGUUUUCUAGUUGAUGUUGAUGGCUACGUUGAAGAUGGAAGAGAAAUUUUUGAUGAUGAUUUGGAUGAAGCUUCAAUUGUUAAAGAAGAAAAAAAAGGAAGAGGUAAAAAAAGAAGUAGAGCUGACAAAAGUUUUGAUGAAGAUGCUUCCUCUUCAAAUAGAGAUAUUCAAAAAAUGUUUGCUAAUAUGCCUAUAAAGAAAAAAAAAGAAGUAGGUAUAUUUUAUAUUUUAAUAUUCUCUUUUUUUUUCGAGUGUUAAAUAUCUUAAAUUACAAAUUAUAUUAUUUUAAAUCCAAAAAUCAUCAAAUAUUGGUAAGUAUUUAUAAAUAUUUAUAUAUUUAUAUAUAUUUGCUCUGCUCAGAAUUAAAAAUUUAAUUAAUUCAAUUUGAAUAAAACUGUAUUUAUUUUAGGUAGCAAUUAAUCUAGUUGAUGAUAAUAUUCUUGAUGAUUUAAUUCAAGAGUUGGACAGUUCUCCUAAACCAGGAAUUUCAAAAACACCUCGAUUGAUUCAUAGUAAAGUGACUGAUAAAAUAAAAAGAGAAAGCCAAACAAGGUAAACUAAAUUAGUAUUUAGUAAUGUAAUGUUUAUACCUACUUUUUUACAUGAUUUUUAGUUGUUUAUAUAUUGUUAAUAUUUUACAGAGGAUAUUUAGAAUCAUUUUCUACUGUAUUGAAAUCUCCGUUGACAUCUGUGAAUAAUACAAUUUCUAAAAUAAAAUAUUCCAAUGAAACAUCAGAAAGUAAUAAGUUGAAUGAUCUCAAUAUUAAUGAAACUAAUGAUCAGAAUAAAGAUAAUAAAAUAAUGAAUGAAGUAAAAGUUAAUAAAAUUAUUGAUAUGAUUUUUAUAUAAUUAUCAACUUAAAUAAAAAAUUAAAAUUAAAUACCUUUCUAUUUUAAUUUAAUAUAAAUUGCAGCCUGAAUUAAAAACUGAUUCUAUAAAACAAGAAUUUGCUGCAGAUGAAAAUUUGAUGGACAGUAUUGAUGAUUUUGAUUUUGAAGCAGCAAUGGAGGUAAACAUACUUAAAAGAAUUAAAAGAGGUGAUUUUCUAUCUGUCACACAUGUAACAUAGGAAUUUGGACAUGUUCUAUUUCCAGUAUACCGAUUGGUCUUCUUGAAUGAUAAAAAUUAUGAAAACAGAUAUGAAUUUGUCAUCAAAUAUACUUGAAAUCGACUUUCUCACUUUUUUGAUUUUAUUCCCCUAAAUCCUGAAAAGAACCUUAUUAUGGACCAAAUUUAAAUUAAAUUAAUUCAUCUAUUAUUCUUUUAAAAACCUAAUUAGCAUUUUUAAGAUUUAUAGGGAGAUAAAAUCAAAAAUGUAAAAAAACUGAUUUCAAGUAGAUUUGACAACUAAUUCAAAUCUGUUUUCAGAAAAACACUUCACAAAACCAAUCAGUACAGUGAAAGUAGAAUACAACUAUAUUCCUAUGUUGCAUGUGCGUAAGAUAAAAGCAUAAAAUGACCGCUUUCAGUUUCCUUAAACUAUCAAUUUAUGAAAGUAAUAUUUUUUCUAACUACAGGAUGAAAAAAGUUUUGUUGAACUAUCAAACUUAAGUAUUAAAAAAGAGCUAGAGGAAACUAAAAUUAAAAUUGACUUUGAAGAUACUGAAUGGCCUAUUGAAAAGUAAUUAUUAGAACAUGAUUAUUUUUGUAAUUUUUAAUGUGAUUUUAAAUUAAAUAGUGUUCAAGAAGAAGAACAAGUUGCCUUACCACAUGACGUUUCUUCUAAAUUACCUUUGACAACAAAUAAAAAUGGAACUCAAGUAAGUAAUUUUAUGUCUGAAAAUUAAAAUAUGAACAUAACAUUUAUAACGUUAUAGAAUAGUUUAAACAAAUUUAUUGAAAUUUAAAUUCAUUAAAUGUGUGGAUUUUAUGAUAAUUUACCACAUCUUUAAUAAUAAAUAAUUCACCAACUGUAUUAAAUUAAUAUUAUAAAUAUUCAGAUUUAUUUCAACUUUAUUAAUAUUGUUUGUACUAAAUAUUUAUUUAUUUUAUUUUAAAAUUAAUGUCAAACAGCAAUUACAACUAUAAUAUAUAUAAAUUCUAACAGUAUAUGCACAUGUCAAUUUAAUAUAUGAAUUGUUAAGAGUCAAGGAGUAUGUAUUCUGAGCAUGUGGUGAAGGGGGUGGUUAUGCUUAGGGAUAACGAUAGAAGACUCAUUAAGGAUAGAACAAUAGGAGACCUUAAAAGAAACUUACUAGAAGAUCAAGAACAUUCAGCCAACCAUUUGGAAAUGAAUGAAUGAAGUGUUUUGAAAUGUUGCGAUUCAAGAGUUUGAUAGAGAGGACUGCUUGGAUAAGCUUAUAGUCAUGGUGGACGACUGAGGGAUAAAGAAUGAAUGCAGUAUAAGCUAAGAAUUUAUUCUGUAUACAUUUUAGACAAAGUUAAUCUUUUGCAAUGAAAGCGUGAUAAAUAACCGAACCGUAUUAUAGUUGUUUGACAAGUGAAAGAUACAAAAAGAGGAUUUUAAUUUUUUGCUAUUAUAUUUAAUGAACCCAAAGAUUUUCAGCAUUCUAUUGGCCAUAAAGUUAAAAUGAUUUAAAAGAAAGAGAGCAAGUGUAGUAGAUAUUAUCUAGAUCUUUAAUAAUGGAAACACAUCAUAAGAAAGAGUUGUGUAUUGUAUAGGUGAGAGCAAUAGGAGAGCGAGAUUUAGAGAAGGAAAUUAUUAUAUUACAUUGUUUUAUAGCUAAUAAUUAGGGCUCAGAAUUUGACCUACAAAUCUUGAAAAAAUGCAUAAAAUGAUUAAACAUAUUUAAAAAUAAUCUAAAAAAUGUUUAUUUUAUUAUCAAUUAUAAAAAUUAAAUUAUUAAAUUAAAAAUAUCACUUAAAUAUAACACUCAGAACUUUUUAUGUGCCUAAAAAUCUUUUUCUAGUUUCUGGAUUUUACUAAUUUCAAUUUUAAAAAUUAGAGGAAGUUAAAAUAAAAUUAGGUACCUAGGCAAAUAAAUAUUAUAUUAUUUGUAUACAUUUCAUGUCCAUAUGUGAGUGGGUGUUGUAUUUUAUCGAGGCAAACAGAGAAUGUACUGUUUGCACUCGUGCCUUCCUCAUUAUAGCUCAGACUUAAAACCAAAAAAAUGCAAAUUUACUUAAAUAAAAAAUAUACCAAAAUUGAUAAAAAAAAAAAAAAAAUGAUGAAUCAAGAAAAACCAAAAAAAAAAAAUUUGUACCAUUGAAUUCAACUAGAAUGUAAACAUUAGAAAAAAAUAUGUGAAUGUAUGAAGUUUUAGAUCCUACAAAUAAUAUACGAAUAAUAUUUUUUAAAAUAUAAUUUAAGGUUUUUCGUUUCUAUUAUUUGGAUGCAUUUGAAGACGUAUAUAAACAACCUGGAGUGGUAUGUCUUUUCGGAAAAGUGAAACCUGUUAAUUUUGAUUCAUAUGUUAGCUGUUGUGUAAUAGUUAAAAACAUUGAAAGAAGAAUGUUUUUGCUCCCAAAGAAUUUAGUAAGAUUAAAAUUAUAACCAACAAAUAUUAAUACUCAACUGAUAACCAAUACAUUAAUUAAAUAUUUUUUACAGACAUCCGAUAAUGAAGAAGUUAAAAUGAUUGAUGUGUAUAAUGAAUUUAAUAGUCUGGUUGACAAAUAUCUAAUAAAAAAUUUUAAAUCUCGUAAAAUCUCAAAAAAGUAUGCUUUUGAUCUUGCAGAUGUUCCAGAUGAAAGUGAAUAUUUGGAAAUUAGAUACUCUGUUAGUACAUUGUAUGAUUAAAAAGCUUAAUACAAAGAUAUCUAAUUACCUAAUUUUCUUAUAAGGCAUCUCAUCCACCUUUACCUGAUAAUUUAAGUGGAAAAACCUUUAGCAAAGUAUUUGGUACAAAUACUUCAUUUUUAGAGCUUUUACUUUUGGAUCAAAAGAUUAAAGGACCAUGUUGGCUGGAUAUAAAAACUCCACAACUUUCUAAUAGUCCUAUGAGCUGGUGCAAACUUGAGGUAACCAUUAUGUUAAUUAAUCUGUUUGUUUCUUAUUUUAAAUUUUCUGUUAAGUAAGAAAGAUAUUAGUUUUAAAGUUAAGAAUUAAAUGGUUUUUUUAUGAUACAUAAAUUAGGGAUGGGCAACCCAAAGUUACUAGAGGGCCAAUUUUAAAAAUCUAGCAGGGCCAGAGCUUGAAAGCAAAAAAAAUCAUUCAAGUUUCAAAUUUACAAUUAGCAUUUAUUUUGUAAAAUUUUUACAACUUGUUUAAUAUGAGAUUUGAGGAUGUAUAGUUGCAAUGAUAAUUUAGCUAAAUCCAACUUCUAUUCUAAAGUGGAAGCACAUAAUAGUUGACUUAAUGUUUCACUUAUAAGGCAAUUUAUUUCCUUUGAUUUGAUAUGCUUCAUAGAAAAUGUAUAUUCACAAAAGGAAGUCAUUCCAAACAUAGAUAAUAUUUUAAAUGCAAAAUGCAUAAAUAUGGAUACUUUUCAACUGGUCAUGUUUUCAAAAAUGAUACAUCAAUAUCUUUUGUAGACAAAAAUAGAUCUCUUUGAAGUAAAGCAUUUUGUUUCUCAAUUUCAACUUUUAUUAAAUAAAUUUAUUUAUGAUCAACAUAAUAAAAUAAAAUACAAAUAAACUUUAAAAUUGUAUAUAGUAAUUAGAAAUUGUAGCACUGGCAAGAUAAAAAAGUAUGCGGGUCAUCAUGGCCCAUCUCUGAUAUUUAUGAAAUAUUUGUGAAAAUUAAAAUGCUUAAGAAGCAUCAUACAGUAACUUUAUAAAUAGAUAAUUAAGUACUAAGUGAUUUUUUGGAAGUUUCCAAUUUGUUCUAAAAAUCUUGAAAACUUUAGAUUCGAGUUUAAUUUUUUCACUUCUCAGAAUCUUUUUUUGAAUUCCUUAAUUUUUUUUUUGAUAUUUUCAAUUGGUUGUAUAACUCACUAUAAAUUAUAUUUUCACAGGUACUAUGUUUAGACAUGAAAAAUAUUCAAUUGGCACCAGCUGUUUCACCCCCACCAAUAGUUAUAAUGACUUUAAAUCCAAGAAUUACCUAUAACAAAAAAACAAGACAAAAUGAAAUAUUAAUUUUAAGUUGUUUAAUACAUACACAAUUUCCAAUAGAUCAAACUCCGCCAACUACUCUUCAUAAUCAAUUUUUUUGUGGUGAUUAAAAUAUUAAUAUACUGUUUAUAUGUCUUUAUUCAAAUUAUUCAACAAUAUAAGUUUAUUUUUUUCUUUUUUUUAUGCUAAUUUUUAUUAGAACAUAACAUGUUCUAAACUAAUUAAAACAUAAAAACUAAUUUUACAAUAUUUAUUUCUGAUGUAUAUAAAUAGCAAUUUCACGACCAACUAAUACACUAUGGCCACCACGAUACCAAGAAGAAUUAAAAAAGUGUGGAGAUCCAUCCAAAAUAAUAAAAAUGGAUUCAGAACGAGCUCUGCUAACAUUUUUUCUUGCAAAAAUGUCUAAAAUUGAUCCAGAUUUGAUAGUUGGACAUGACAUUUGUAGUUAUGUUUUAUCCACACUUGUAAACCGCUUGGAAGCUAAUAAAAUACAAAACUGGUCGAAAAUUGGACGUCUUCGUAGAACUUUAUUUCCAAAAAAAGUAACCAUAAAAAAAUUAUAAUAAAAUAAUACCAUUUAAAAUGGUAUUUUUUUUCAUUUAUUUUUUAGGGUAAAUUUUUUAGUGAAAAAAAUGUUCUCAGUGGUAGAUUGAUUUGUGACACCCAAAUUUCUGCAAAAGAAUUAAUUCGGGCUAGAAGUUAUGAUUUAUAUUCCUUGUCAGAACAGGUAUAUUAUGUUAAUACAAAUUACUGAUAUAUUUUUUAUUGUAACAUGUAUGAAAUAAGAAAUAAUUUAACUAAAUUCAAUUAAUUUAAUUAUUAAAAGUGAUUUAAUUAUCAAAAAAUAUUAUGUCCUGUCUGAUUUAUGUUUUAUUUUAUUCUUUUAGAUUCUCAAUAUUAAAGAAAAUGAACAUUUUAAUUUUUCUGAUGAUGAAGUUAGUUAUAUGUAUUGGUAUGUUUUUAGUAUAAAAUAAAAUCAAUUUAAUUAUUAUGUAUUUUACUAAUAUAAAUUUACAGUUCCAGUGAAUCUUUAAUACAACUCAUAAAAUUUACUAUUAUGGAUACAUCGUGUGUAAUGCGACUUAUGUGUCAAAUGAAUGUAUUGCCCUUAGCACUUCAAAUUACUAAAAUUGCAGGAAAUUUACUAUCUAGAACAUUAAUUGGUGGUCGUGCUGAAAGAAAUGAAUACUUAUUAUUACAUGCUUUUAAUGAAAAAGGCUACAUACUUCCUGAUAAACAAUAUAAAAAGAAAAUUGACCUUAAAGUAAUAUAUUAAUAUUUAUGAAAAUGUACUUUAGUUUGUCAACUUUAAGCAUAAUAAAUAAUUUUAAUUAGGACAAAGAUGAUAGUCAUAUUAAAGACAAUAAUGUUAAACAAAUUGGCCGUAAAAAAGCACAAUAUUUAGGAGGUCUUGUACUUGAUCCAAAAGUUGGUUUUUAUGAUAAAAUGAUUCUACUAAUGGAUUUUAAUUCCCUUUAUCCGAGUAUAAUUCAAGAAUACAAUAUAUGCUUUACUACUAUUAAUUUCCGAAACUUGCAAACAGCUGAUGAAGAGGUUAAUAUUUUCAUAUAACAUACAUUAUUAUAACAACUUAAUUGUUAUUUAUUUGAUUUUAAAUUAGGGUGAUAAUGAAAUGGAAGAAUUAUUAAAAUUAAUACCAAAUCAAACUGUUGCUCGGGGAAUUUUACCUGCUGAAAUUAAAUCAUUGGUAGAUUCACGUAGAGAAGUGAAGAAGUUAAUGAACGAUCAAAAAAUAUCCAAGACACUUAAAGAACAAGUGAGUUAAUAAAGUACAAUAAAAGAAAAAAUAGCAAUAUUAUAUUUUUGUUUCAGUAUAACUUGAGACAAACUGCAUUAAAACUUACAGCCAAUAGUAUGUAUGGAUGUUUGGGAUUUACACAUUCACGAUUUUAUGCUAAACCACUAGCAGCAUUAAUUACUGCUAAAGGACGAGAGAUUUUGAUUAGUACCAAAGCAUUAGUAGAGAAACUAGCUUUUGAUGUUAUUUAUGGAGAUACAGAUUCAUUAAUGAUUAAUUCGAACUGUGUUGAUUAUGAUCAAGUUAUGAAAAUUGGUUAUAAAGUACGAUUAUUUUUAUAUAUAUAUAUAUGUGUAGAACCUUUUAAAAUUAUUUUGUUUUAUAUUAGAUUAAAGCAGAAGUCAAUAAAAUAUAUAAACAAGUUGAAUUAGAUAUUGAUGGAAUUUUUAAGUAUAUGUUGCUAUUAAAAAAAAAAAAGUAUGCAGCUGUAUCUAUAUCAAAACAAUCUUCGGGUGAAUUUUUAACAAAAGAAGAGAUUAAAGGGUUAGACAUUGUAAGAAGGGAUUGGUCACAACUAUCACAAGAAGCUGGGCGGUAAAAUUAUUAUAUUUGAUCAUAAUUAGUAUUAAAAAUAAAAUGUAGCCAAUUCAUUUAUGCCAGUUUGUUAUUAUAGAUUUGUUUUAAGACAAAUAUUAUCUGAUCAGUCUCCCGAAGAAAGAGUAUCAAACAUUUGUGCUCAGUUAAAUAAAUUAAAAGUUGAUUUGGAAGAAAAUAAUGUUCCAUUGGGUUUGCUGGCUAUUAGUAAAACUUUAACAAAAGCCCCUCAAGAUUAUCCUGAUGCUAAAGCAUUACCACAUGUUGCUGUAGCACAACGUCUUAACAAACAAAGUAUCAAAUUUAGACAAGGCGAUACUAUAUCAUACGUUGUGUGUGAAGUAUGUUUUUUUUUUUAAAUGAAUAAUAAAAAUAAUCAAGUUACAUAUAAACAAUAUAAUAAAUUACGAUUUAUAGGAUGGAACAAAUUUGGCACCAACUCAAAGAGUUUAUCAUAUAGAUGAAUUAAAAACCAAUACUUCAUUAAAAAUUGAUAUUAAAUAUUAUUUAGCACAACAAAUACAUCCAGUAAUAAUGAGAUUAUGUUUACCGUUGGAAAACAUUGAUGCUAAAAUGAUUGCGGAACAUUUAGGUUUUGAUUAACUACUUCAACAUAUAUUUUAUUGUAGAGUUAAUUAUAUUUUUUAAACAGGUCUUGAUCCAGCACAAUACCAAAAUCAAAGAACAAAAUCCGAUUAUAUAAAUUCUAUUGAAGAAACUACAAUAGAUUUAGAUGAUGCGACGAGAUUUAAUAAUUGUGAUCAGUAAGUUAAAUAUAUAUUACUUAAAUAUUAUUUUAUUUUUAUACAUAUACAAUUUAGGACUAAUUCAUAUUUUUAACAAUACAUUUUAGAUUUAAAUUUAUAUGUCUUGCCUGUAAAACUAAUGUAGAAAUAUCUGCACCUGCUAUAAAAAAGGUAUAAUAAUAUAAAUUGAUUAUACAAUUUAUCCUACUCGUAAAUGUUAAUUUAAUUUAAUUUUUUAUUUCAAUGUUAUAGCCUAAUGGUCAAUUAGAAUUUUCUUUGGAAAAUUGUUCUAAUCCAGAUUGUUGUAUUCCACCAUAUAAUUAUCUCAACAAAUUAGAAGAUAGUUUAUGGAUAGCUAUAAGAAAACAUACAAUGAAACAUUAUAAAGUAAUACAUUUUUUUUAAUAUUAUUUAUUUAUUUAUUAAGUUGUACAUAUUAAUACUGGGUCCCACUGAGAAGAUUUGAAUUGAGGCUCAGAAAUUCUAAAUUUGUUUAUGCAUCACAUCUUUUUGAUAGGUAUACAGGGUUAUCCAUUUAAAGUGGCUAUACUCAAUAUUUCAAAUAGUUGAAUGUUUUCAAAAGACUAUUUUUUGUUAAUUUAAGAUACAAGUAGUUUUAAAUGUUACAUUUUUAUUAUUCUUAUAGAAGAAACCUACUUUUGUUUUUCAAACAGCAACCUAUACUUAAAAUGCUAUAAUGAGAUGAAAGGGUUAAUUAAAUACAUUUUGGUUUUAGCAUAUUUUAUUUCCAUUAACCUAUAGAUAAAAUAUUCCACUUUUAAUUUUGGGUGGGAGGAGAGUAGUACAGUAUUAUUAAAACUGCCUAUAUAAUAUAAUAUUUGUAUACAAUUAUAUAUCUAUCUCGUAACAUAGUAUCAUAUUAUUCACAUUAUGAUACUAAACCGAUUAUACACAAAUGAACAAAUUGUGUACAAUUGUUAUUGUUUCUAUUCUGACUUAUUGGUUAUUUGAAACUUAAAAGCAAUAAUAUUGUUUGAUUUGCUAUUAAUUUUAUAGUUCAUCUUAGUGGGGUUCAGGCUUUUAGACCAACCCGCUGAAACAAAUUUUGCUGCAUCCUCUCCCUGUUCAAUUGUAUACAUUCAAUUUAUUUAUAAUUAAAUAUGUUUUUCUAGAGUGAUUAUGUAUGUGAUGAUGGUACUUGUGAUUAUAAAAGCAAAUAUAUACCGAGUACAGCUGAUGAAAUUUGUAAACAAUGUGAAUCUGGAACAUUAAAAAGAGAAGUAAGAACCCUAUCAGAUUAUAUAUUUCAUAGUUUAUGCUAAUAGUUAUUAUUAUUUUUUUAAUUAAACCUACAUUUAAAAAUUAUGAUUCGAGCACCAAAUGUUAUAAAAGUAUGAAAAAAUUCCAAGCCAAAAUUAAAAUAAUGAGUGAAACUCAAUGAAUGUUAAAAUAUAGACAAUACUUUUUGACUGAACAAUGUUACUAGAAAAUUAUUAAUAAUACACCACACUAAAAAUAAAAAUAGCUAAAAUAAUAUAUUAUUCGUUUAUUUAUAUUUAUUUAAUAUUUUCAUUUGUAUUGAAGUUUAUUAGUCCAUAGAAUUUUAUUGCAUUAUAUUCAUUCAAUUUUAAUAAUUAGGAAUUUUACUUAAAUAAUUAUUUUAUUGUAUAUACUUUAUUAGCAUAAUAUGUGUUAUGCAUUAUAAGCAUUAUGAUCUAAUAUGAUAUUGUUUUAUUAUUUUUUUUAGUAUUCGUCUGGUCAACUACUAUUUCAAUUGAGAUAUUAUUGGUUUUUGUUUGACAUUGAUAAAGUGUUACAAAGAAAUAAGGAACUUAAAUUGACAAAAGACAAUCCUUUAUAUAUAGCUUAUAACAGACUAAAAGCUAUUGUUGAAAAAGUACUAAAACAUCACGAUUUCUACUAUAUUAAUUUAAAAGAUAUAUUUGGUCGUAACUAAAUUUUUUUAAUUUAAUUUUAUAUAUAUAAUGAUGCAUUUUUUUUUUUACCCAUAUAAUAUUUCUUUAUUAUUAGUUAAUAUAUAUAAUAGUGUACUAUAGUUUUAUUUAUAUCACAAAAUCCAAACAUAUAAAUUUAAAUACAUUUAAGAUUUAGUGUUAUACAUAUAUAUAAAUAUAUUUUUUUUC